AUGGCGCAGGUCACUCCCGAAGUACUAUGGGCUCAGCGCUCUUCCAACGCGGAACCCGAGAAGAACUUUCUCUAUCUCACCAUUUCGGUUCCCGAUGUCCCCAAGGAGAACCUGAAGCUUGAUCUUCAGCCUACAACCCUAACCUUCACCGGUCACUCUGAGACCCUGAAGCGAACGUACCACCUAGACCUUACCUUCUACGCUGAGAUUGACCCCGCCGAGAGCCAGGUCCACCAUACCGCUCGCAAUGUUGAGCUCAAACUGCGCAAGAAGGAGCUCAACGACGAGUACUGGCCGCGUCUUCUCAAGGAAUCUAAGAAAGUCCAGUUCUUGAAGACCGACUUCGACAAGUGGGUCGAUGAGGACGAGCAGAACGAGGCUCCUGAAGAAGAUUUAUCACAAUUCGGUGGCAUGGGAGGUAUGCCAGGCAUGGGUGGUAUGGGUGGCAUGGGCGGAAUGGGCGGUGCCGGCGGUGACUUUAGCGGUAUCGAUUUCUCCAAGCUCGGCGCUGCUGGUGGUAUGCCCGGUGGCGAGGAGGAGGAGGAGGAUGAGUCCGACGACGAUAUGCCGGCUCUCGAAGGUGAAGAGGAGGUCAAGGACGAGAAAGACGCGACCAAGGCUGCCGCAUAA